AUGAAGCAACAAUGGCAGCUCGUGAACCUCUGCUUGAUUGUCUUGUUAUUAGCGGUGGACGCUCGUGGCAGACAGCUACUCAGCGACGACAAUAACGAACCUGCUCUGUUAUUGGCGUUCAAGCAAACCUCCGUCAAGUCGGAUCCGAACAAUUUUCUGGGUAAUUGGAAAUACGGGUCGGGUCAUGACCCAUGUUCUUGGAGAGGCGUCUCUUGCUCUAGCGAUGGUCGAGUCGUGGGUCUCGAUUUACGAAACCGUGGCCUUACCGGAACCCUAAAUCUUCAUAAUCUCACGGCGCUGCCGAAUCUCCGGAAUCUCUACCUGCAAGGAAACUCAUUUUCGUCGGGUGGAGAAUCCUCUGUUUCUUCUUCCGGGUGUUCUCUCGAGGCUCUGGACUUAUCUUCAAACUCGCUAUCGGACUCUUCAACGGUGGAUUACGUUUUCUCUAGCUGUUUGAAUUUGGUUUCUCUCAAUUUUUCGAGCAACAAGCUCGCCGGAAAACUGAAGCCCGCUCCGUCGACGAGUAACAAACGAAUCACCACCGUCGAUCUCUCGUUCAAUCUCUUUUCCGAGGAGAUUCCCGAGACUUUCGUAUCGAGUUUCCCGGCGUCUCUGAAACACCUCGAUCUAUCUCACAACAAUUUCUCCGGCGACUUCUCCCGUCUCAGUUUCGGACUGUGCGGAAACCUCACCGUAUUUAGUCUAUCUCAAAACAACAUCUCCGGCGACAGUUUUCCAAUUAGUCUAUCAAACUGUAACCUCCUCGAGACGCUAAACCUCUCUCGGAACAGUCUCUCUGGGAAGAUACCCGGAGAUAGAUACUGGGGAAAUCUCCCGAAUCUCAAACAGCUCUCCCUCGCACACAACAGUUUCUCCGGCGAGGUUCCACCGGAGCUCUCUCUGCUCUGUCGAAUCAUUGAGGUUCUCGAUCUCUCCGGCAACAGUCUCACCGGUCAGCUCCCGCAAUCAUUCACAUCCUGUGGCUCGUUACAAAACCUAAACCUGGGAAACAACAAACUCUCCGGCGAUUUUCUAAGCACCGUCGUGAGCAAACUCCCUAAAAUCACUUAUCUCUACUUGCCAUUCAACAACAUUUCAGGCUCUGUUCCGAUUUCGCUCACCAACUGUACUAAUCUCAAAGUUCUUGAUCUGAGCUCAAACGACUUCACCGGAAAACUACCAUCAGGCUUCUGCUCUCUCCAAACUCCGUCCGUUCUCGAAAAGCUGCUUAUCGCCAACAAUUACAUUUCAGGAACUGUUCCUGUGGAGCUCGGUGAAUGCAAGAGCUUGAAGACGAUAGAUCUCAGCUUCAACGCUCUCACAGGUCCGAUUCCAAAGGAGAUAUGGACGUUGCCGAAUCUCUCCGACUUAGUUAUGUGGGCGAACAAUCUCACCGGUGGAAUCCCUGACGGCAUUUGUGUCGACGGAGGAAACUUGGAAACUCUCAUCCUCAACAACAAUCUCUUAACCGGUUCUGUACCGGAAUCAAUCUCUAAAUGCACCAACAUGCUCUGGAUCUCCCUCUCCAGCAACUUGCUAACCGGUGAAAUCCCGGUUGGAAUCGGAAAGCUUGAGAGCUUGGCGAUUCUGCAACUCGGGAACAAUUCUUUAACCGGGAACGUCCCACGCGAGCUUGGGAGCUGCAAGAGCCUUAUCUGGCUUGAUCUGAACAGCAACAAACUAACCGGAGACCUCCCGGUUGAACUUGCAAACCAGACCGGGCUAGUAACGCCCGGAAGCGUCUCCGGUAAACAGUUUGCGUUUGUGAGGAACGAAGGUGGGACUGAUUGCAGAGGAGCAGGCGGUUUGGUUGAGUUUGAAGGCAUUCGUGGAGAGCGGUUAGAGCACUUCCCGAGGUUUCAUUCUUGUCCGGCGACUCGGAUAUACUCCGGCAUGACCAUGUACACUUUCUCCGGGAACGGGAGCAUGAUUUACUUGGACCUCUCGUACAAUGAGGUUUCAGGUUCUAUUCCUCUGAGUUACGGUGGCAUGAGAUACCUUCAGGUCUUGAAUUUGGGACAUAACUUGUUAACCGGAACCAUACCGGAGAGCUUUGGGGGAUUGAAAGCGAUUGGAGUUCUUGAUCUGUCUCACAAUGAUUUCCAAGGAUACUUACCUGGAUCACUUGGAGGACUCUCUUUCCUUAGUGACUUAGACGUCUCUAACAACAACCUAACCGGAGCUAUACCGUUUGGUGGCCAACUUACGACGUUUCCGGUUACAAGAUACGCAAACAACUCCGGUCUUUGUGGGGUUCCUCUCCCUCCUUGCAGCUCCGGUUCUCGGUCCGUGAGCUCUCAUGCUCACCCUAAGAAGCAGAGCGUUGCGGCUGGGAUGAUCACUGGGAUUGUGUUUUCUUUCAUGUGUGUUUUGAUGCUUACGUUGGCGUUUUAUCGAGUGAAGAAGGUUCAGAAGAAGGAGAAGCAGAGAGAGAAAUACUUUGAGGGACUUACAACCUCAGGUGGUAGCAGCAGCUGGAAGCUCUCUAGCGUUCCUGAGCCGUUAAGCAUCAACGUUGCAACGUUUGAGAAGCCGCUUAGGAAACUCACUUUUGCACACCUUUUGGAAGCCACGAACGGGUUUAGUGCCGAUAGUAUGAUUGGCUCAGGCGGGUUUGGAGAUGUUUACAAGGCUCAGCUCGCGGACGGGUCUGUUGUAGCAAUCAAGAAGCUGAUUCAAGUGACGGGACAAGGGGACAGAGAGUUCAUGGCAGAGAUGGAGACGAUUGGCAAAAUCAAACAUAGGAACCUUGUUCCUCUUUUGGGUUACUGCAAGAUUGGUGAAGAGAGACUUCUUGUUUAUGAGUACAUGAGAUACGGAAGCUUAGAGACCGUUCUACACGAGAGGACCAAGAAAGGUGGAGUCUUUCUCGAUUGGACCGCGAGGAAGAAGAUUGCGGUAGGAGCUGCGCGUGGGCUAGCUUUCCUGCACCAUAGCUGCAUUCCUCACAUUAUCCAUAGAGACAUGAAGUCGAGCAACGUUCUUAUAGACAAGGAUUUUGUGGCACGUGUCUCGGAUUUUGGUAUGGCGAGGCUGGUGAGCGCUAUGGACACGCACUUGAGCGUGAGCACGCUCGCGGGUACGCCUGGAUAUGUUCCACCAGAGUAUUACCAGAGUUUCUGGUGUACUACCAAAGGAGAUGUCUACAGCUACGGGGUUAUACUUUUGGAGCUUCUCUCAGGCAAGAAACCGAUCGAUCCUGAGGAGUUUGGUGAAGACAAUAACCUUGUGGGAUGGGCUAAACAGCUCUAUAGGGAGAAGAGAGAAGCUGAGAUUCUUGACCCGGAGUUGCUAACAGAGAAGUGUGGCGAUGUUGAGCUGUUUCAUUACUUGAAGAUCGCGUCUCAGUGUCUGGACGAUCGACCGUUCAAAAGGCCAACUAUGAUUCAAGUCAUGGCCAUGUUCAAAGAGCUUGUUCAGGUCGAUACAGAGAAUGAUAGUCUGGAUGAGUUUUCUGUCAAGGAAACGCCAUUGGUCGAAGAAUCACAAGAUAAAGAGCCUUGA